AUGGCCGAGAACGUUCUGGACUCUGGCCCGCCUUCAGCAAAGAGGCCUAAACUAUCCUCUCCGGCACUGUCUGUCUCCGCCAGCGAUGGGAACGGUAAAUAUUGUUUUUAAUUUGGUUUGUAAGGAUAUUAUUUUGUAUGUUUAUUUGGUAUUAUUUUCAAUGAUUUGUGAUUUUUAUUCGAAAUGGAAAGGGGCCGUGCGAUUGCCCCACUGUUUUUGUCGUACUAGCUCUAGCUACUUGGUAGCUAGCGAGUGUGUGUCGGACUUGACUAGCAGUAGGCUAGUAAUUUCAGAAAUACGAUGAACGCUGGCUACUUCUGUAGCGAGUUACGAAUGCGGGGCUUAGAUUGAUGGCUACCUCGCUGCAUGGGUAGUUGGCUACAUACUUAGUAUAUUUGUCGUUAUUAUUUAGGUAUUAAAUACUUGCAAAUAAAAAUGGUAUGUCAACAACACGGCUAAAAUUAUUUUAAAUUAAUAUCCCCGAGAUUGACAAGGACGCGUUCCUUUUAGGCGACACGGGUAACGUUAGCUAGCUAACUAUUUUUAAGUAGCUAACGUAAGCUAAAGCUCUAACUAGUGUUUAAGCUUACGGCUUGAUCGGUGUGGCAAAUGAUGGUUGGAAAAAUGUUUUAUAAUAAAGUAACUAACUAGCUAAUUCAGCUAACUAAAUGGCAAUCCAUGAAACACAAAUGGUUCAAUUCGCUCACUAGUAAAUUGGCUUGCCUAGCCAAGUAGCUAGCUACUUUGCUUGCUAGUUAGCUAUUUGUAGGUUGCUAGCUUGCUGUUUAGUCAGCUCGCUAGCUAACUUUCAAAGCGAGUUAUGACAAAGCUCUCAUCGCCAUUCAAUGCUAACUAGCUAACGCGUUAACUCAUAAACACACCAACGAACAGUUAACUUAAACACUUUCUGAUGUUUAGACAUUUUCCAACAGAGUAUUUCAUAAAGUUAGCUCAUUAACGAUAACUAUAUAUAACAAACGAUAUAACGUUAGCUAGCAAACUAUUUGGUGAAGUUUCCUUCACCUGGUUACCUGGUAAAGUUACAUGUUUCCAAUUUAGUAAGCUAGCUUAGUUUUAUUGAUGUUUGCUAGCUAACGUGAAUUACAUAGACAUGGUUAGAUAGCUACUGCAGCAGGCCCAUCCAUGUAACGUUAGCUAGCUCGCUAACCGAGUGAUUAAGUUCAAAUUGCCAUUGUUAGUUUUUCUGAAGAUGUGUGGGAGAGACUGGAGGACCCAGGCUAGCAACUUUAUACAAAAAGCAAAAAAAUUACAGGGUUAAGACAAAAAGCCAUAGAACUGGGCCACAUUAUUUACCACUGAUGUGUUAAAAUGGCCUUCUGCAGAUGCUCGCUAGUAGUUAUGUGAAAAGGCAUUUUUGAAACUGUUCGUUCAUUUUGCCAUUGCAUAUCUACGGCCUCCCAUUGUCCAUCCAUUACGUGCUAAAGUCAGCCACUUGACACAAAAUACUUUGAGGUUCCAAGGUACCCUAGUAACAGAAAAUUAUCCAGUGCCUGUACUGCACUUUUGAAAUGUAUUUUUCCCCCAUAAUACUCAGAGAAUGCUGUGGCAGUCCAAUGUAUCCAGAAAAACAAUCCUGUAGGCCUAUAUGUAAUUUUUUAAAAUUCUCUAGUUGUCAUUUUGUGAUGAUCAGACUCAUCCCUGGGUUGUGUUCAAUACUCUGGCACAUCUUUGCAAAACGUUACCCUUCUGUUUCGCUCCAUUUCAAUGUUUUUUUCUCCCGUUUGUUGCCUACUGAACAUGACCCUGGUGAUGGACCUGUGUGUCCAGAGGGUCUCUAUUAACCUGUCUCUCUCAGUGUGGCGUUAACGCAGUGUCGAGCCCCAUCCAUCACACUGUGUGUGUAAACCUGUCUCUGUCUGCGCCAAGCUUUAGCUCGAGGUCCAGCAGUCUGUGGUCGGCCACUGUGUGUGUUUGUGGGGGGGGAGGAGAGUGUCUGUUUGGGCAUCCGCCUUCAUUUCAAAGCUUUGGUUUUCCUCAUUAUACAAAUGUAGUUCUCAGGCUAUGUCAAUUAGCCACCUCAUUUGAUGCAACCAUGUCUGAUUUAUGUUUGAAUGCAGUGUGCUGGAUUUGGUUUUGUUAAGAGUAAUUUAUUCUUAUGCCAGCAAUGUACCCUGGCACACCUCUCACUCCUUCUUUCUCUUUUUUAAAAUCUUCCAAUCCCCUCUUCUCUUUCUCCAUACUCUCUUGUUCUCUCCCUCCCUGCACAGAUUUUGGCUCGUUGUUUGACCUGGAGCAUGACCUCCCUGACGAGCUCAUCAACUCCUCAGAGUUGGGCCUGGUCAACGGCGGGGACCUCAGUCAACUGCACACCAGCCUGGGAGGAGGAGGAGGAGGUGGGAUGGGGUUGGGCCUGGGCCCUGGAGGAGGAGGGGGUGGCCAGGACGCGGUGGCCAAGCACAAGCAGCUCUCUGAGCUCCUUCGGUCAGGUGCUCCGCACGCCUCCACCCAGCAGGGCGCACUGGGCAGCCCAGGCGGGGCCAGCAUGGGCCACCUGGGGAACAUGAAGGCUUCCCCUGGGCCCCAGGGCAUGGGACAGCAGCAACACCUCUCUCCCCAGCAGCAGGCCAACAUGAUGCAGCAGCAGGCGGGGAUGGUGGGCGGCAUGAACAGGGGCAUGAUGGGGGCCCAGAAGGGCAACGGACAGCAGCAGCAAUCCAUGAUGGGCGGGCAGGUGAUGAACGGAUCCCCCAGGAUGGGCUUCUUGAACCAGGGGAUGGGGGGGAACAGUAACCUGCUGGCUGAGAAUCUGCAGCAGCAACAACAGCAGCAGGGGGCUGGUGGACAGUCUGGACUCAGAGUACAGCAACCUGGAGCAAUGAACAAGGUAUGUAUGGACCCUUCAGACAACAGGGCAGAUAUGUUUUUUUAAUUGACCAGUUCUUUAUUUUACCAAGGAGGGGACAUUGAGAUUGGUGUUUUUUUUUUUCAAGUAAGCCCCCCUGACCAAGAAAGCUAUAUGCAGUUAUUUUUUGCCCACACAACAUUACAAUGCAAUAGUUUAUUCACGCGAAAAGAGAGCAGGCUAAAAUAGCAUUAUUCAUUACUCAUAUUAAGGAUGUAUUAAUCAUGGUUAAAAAAAAAAAAAAGAUCAAAAAUAUAUCAAAAGCUCGGGGUGGUUAAGGGCUCUGUCGGGGAGGAGGAAGACCAUUGAAAAGAGCAUGGCUGGGAUAUGGAGGGAGAAAGCUGGGGAGGAGGGAUAUAUGCAAAUUGAUGAAAACAUUCACUUAACCCCCAGCUCUUAGAGAGGGGGAGAUGCACACACACCAGCGCCACUGCCUUCUGCAUUGCUUGCUCUUUGGGGUUUUAGGCUUGGUAUCUGUAUAAGCACUUUGUGACAACUGCUGAUGUAAAACGGACUUUAUAAAAUAAAUGUCAUAUUUUACUACAAAUUGGGAGCCCUGUGGAAGCCCUUGAUUAAUUGAACACAUCAGUGGUCGUCUUAUUCCAACAUGUCAACAUGAAAUGUGGGGCAACCGUGGCAUGGCGGAGUGGUAAUUGGGCUACCUGUUCUGAGACAUCAUUAAUGAGUUAAUUGAACCCACCAAUGCUACCUGCCGCUAAUUGAUUAGAAAUUAAGUAUAUUGUCUCUCUUUAGAAGUGGUUGAUUUAAUUGGUGUGUAAAUGGCAGGGAGGGGAAGAUGAUUAGUGGUAAAAAGCAGCAUGAUUUAAUAAUCGCUCUCUGAAAGGGAGAUGGUUGUUCUUUUAGCUUUGAUGCUCUUCACUUUGUUAGUGAGUAAUACCCCUGUGGUUGUGUUCAUUUAACAGGACUACUCUGUCUGAAACGACACAAUUCAAUUGACUUGAACACUUACAUUUUCUAACUCAUUGUUUGGAACAGCAUAUAAAAGCUGUAGAAAUAGAUGUCCAUUUAUUUCACUGUCGUUGUCCCCCCCCCCUCCUCAGAUGGGUAUGAUGGGUAACCCGGGCCCCUAUGGAGGCCCCUAUGGAGGGCAGCAAGCAGGCCAAGGCCUUGGGGGAGCAGGGCUGGGUCCUCCACUCCAGAACAAAGGCUCCAUGCCCAACAGCCUGGCCCAGUUCAGCAUGGACAAGAAGAGCCAGCCCAUGCAGGGCAUGGCUGCCAUGGUAAGGAAGUUGGCUAGCUAGUCUCCUACCUAGCAUUUCUAACUUACCUGUCACGGAGCCUUCUUAUGCAGGAGGUGCUACCUUUUUGGGUACCAGUCAACUGCAAUGACCAGCCCUUAACCUACGAUUAUGGUUGCAUUAAUGUCGGUUGUUGUCUUUUCUCUGUUCCUCCGCUCUAUCCCCAGGCCUCCCAGCAAUCUGCUGCAGGUGUGGGCGGGGGAGCCGGGGGCACUGCAGGGAUGGUCCCCAACGCCCAGGGAGGCCUGGGGCCUGCCGUGUCUGCAGCCGCAGCAGCCGGGGCUCCCCCUACGGCCGACCCCGAGAAGCGCAAGCUUAUCCAGCAGCAGCUAGUGCUCCUGCUCCACGCACACAAGUGCCAGCGGCGGGAGCAAGCCAACGGGGAGGUGCGCCAGUGCAACCUGCCACACUGCCGCACCAUGAAGAACGUCCUCAACCACAUGACCCACUGCCAGGCCGGCAAGUCCUGCCAAGGUGAGCUGAUGAGACGCAGAGUAGACCUGCAAGAUGGUUCCCUGUCACACCUAUACCCGAGAUGUGUAUGAUAUUCAUCAAGCGCUGUCUGAAGUACUCAUCACAUUAGCUUUUUCUCCCUCCCUCCCUUUAUAUUUUCCUUCUCUCUCUGUCCCACCCCCCUCUCCCUCUCUCUGCCCCAGUGGCUCACUGUGCUUCAUCCAGACAGAUCAUCUCUCACUGGAAGAACUGUACGCGGCACGACUGUCCGGUCUGCCUGCCGCUCAAGAACGCAGGGGACAAGAGGAACCAGCAGUGUGAGUGUAUCUGCUGUUCUCUCUCUACCCCUCCCUCCCUCAGUCUGUUAGCUGGCUCGUGUAAUAGUUGUAUGCGCUUGUAGUAGUCUUAUUGGGUUUAAAGAGCCGUCAGGUCUCAACUCUUUCAAGUAGUGUGUAUGGAUGGACAUUGUUUUAUGAUUGCACUCUGCCAUGGACUGUUGCCUUAUAAAUAUGUUGUAAGUGACUACGUUUUAAACUUUGACAGAAGAAUGCCUUGUUCCUGACCUAGGUGUUCAUAGCAUAUGUCCUAGAGGACAGAAGUAUUAUCAGCCAUCGAUCUCUCCCGUCUCUACAGCUCUACUAGGAGGUUCUGGUGUAGGUCUGGGUAGUUCCUUGGGCUCAGUGCCCGGAAGCCAGCCCAGCACCCCAAACCUCAACCCCCCCAGCCAGAUGGACCCCAGCUCCAUCGAGAGGGCCUACGCAGCCCUGGGGCUCACUUACCAGGGCACCCAGAUCCAAAACCAGGCCUCUCUGCCCUCACAGGGCCUGCAGAGCCAACCGGGCAUGAGGCCGCUCAAUCCCAUGGGUAAGCUGUUUAGUUAGCUAGUCCAGUCUACUGUAUGUUUUUUUUAAUUUAAUUUUUACUGGUGUAAGUAAUUGAUGUACUACAGCAACAGUGUGCAUGUUCCUCUUGGGGAUUGAAGCUGUAACCAGUCAAUAUCCACAGUAGUAAGUUUAUACUGCUGCUUUCCCUAACCCGAAACCUCCCCCUCUUCUCCACUUUAAUGGGAAUUACUCCAGCACACACACACACGUUUACCUCUGCACGUUUUGUUUGUCAACAUUUGUCAAGUUGACCUUUUUAUCAAGUCAUUUGCAAAUAAAACAUGCAGGGGGAAGAAUUUCUGUCAUUGACUUCUAAGUAGUGUUUGUUUUUUUGGAUUCUCAGAGCCACAAACAAAGGUCAUGUUGAAUAUUGACCGUGUGUAUUAAUGUUUCUUACUCACUGUCAGGUGGUAACCCGAUGGGCGUGAAUGGAGGAGUGGGUGUUUCACCCCAGAACCAGCAGGCCAGCCUGCUACAGGACACCAUGCUACACCUCAACAUGAACUCCCAGGGGUGAGUAGCAGACCUGCCUUCAAAUAUAAUUAUUAGCUUUCUUUUCAAUACUUCUAGCUGCGUUUUGGCGCAAUGGAACCAAUAGAAUAGUCCCAAAAGUGCAAAUCCCAUCGACCACACCUGACACUCCAGGCAGGCGCUAUCAAACACUCAAAGUUAAGUAAUUUCUGGAUAAAAACAUAAAAUAAUUUUAGAGUGAUGAAUUUAACUUUGUGUUCUAGUCUGAUGAGCGACGCGGGCGGGGCGGGUAACAUGGGGUCCAUGCCCACGGCGACCCCACCCUCGGCAGCGGGCAUGAGGAAGAGCUGGCACGAGGACAUCACCCAGGACCUGAGGAACCACUUGGUGCACAAACUGUAAGUGACUUUGAGCUGGGAUGGAGGGACAAUACAGCCUCUGGAUGAGGCCUAAAAACACAGUCUUAUACAGCUAAAGAGUUACAGCCUAUAGAUAAUGAAGACAUCCUGCUAAACUUGGCUUUUGAUUUAGAAGUCUUUCUUUCUUUUGAAUUUGGUUCAAUUAGUUGUAUACAAGCCAAAAACUAGCCUCCGUUUCAAUGCAGCUAUCUCAUGUCAUAGAUGGGUAUCCUGUAAGAACAUGGAACAUUGAAUUGCUAGGAAAAAUAGGAAAUAUGAAGAGAAGUAUGUGGUAAAUGUACCAGCCCAGACAUUGCCGAACAGGCCACAGACAGUUUCACAGUAAACUCACAUCCUCUGAGAUUUCAUGUAGUGCAGAACUAUAGAAACACUGACUAUGACAAAACACACUGACCACAUUCACCACAUCUAAGCACCUCCCCACUGUCAUCCAGCUCAGACACGGCUAGCUAGGUGUGAUUGAGUCUGCUUACGACACUCUUCCCUGCUGUAUCUCCGCUAGGGUUGCUCUUUUAAUCAUUAUCUCGAUGGGACAAAAUAAAAGUUAACAAAAGUUUUAUUUGCUCUGAAAUGUGCUUUGCGUCCUACUCUCGUUCACAUUUCCUCCCAGUUUCCCUAAUGUCUUGUGUGUGUAGGGUACAAGCCAUCUUCCCGACCCCAGACCCUGCUGCUCUGAAGGACAGACGGAUGGAGAACCUAGUGGCGUAUGCUAGGAAGGUGGAGGGGGACAUGUACGAGUCUGCCAACAGCAGGGUAAGCUGCUACACUGACUGAGUGAAGAGACUCUUUCACUGAGUUUCUGUUGAGAGGGGGCCAACCCUAAGACAAUACAACUGUCUGUGGAAUACAAGUGCACUUCAGAAUUUGUCUCCUUUCGUGUAUUUGUCUAUUCCUAUUAUGUUCUAACUAAUUCCCCCUCUCUUUCCCUUACGCUAUUCCCCUUUCUCAUCAUUCCCCCUCUUCGAUCAUCCUCUUCCUAACCUUCAUUCAUCUCACUCUAUCCUUUCUCAAUCGCUCUCUCCUCCUCCCAGGCGGAGUACUACCACCUGUUGGCUGAGAAGAUCUAUAAGAUCCAGAAGGAGUUGGAGGAGAAGAGGCGGACGCGGCUCCAGAAGCAGGGUAUGUUGGUGCCCACUCAGCCUGGUCCUGGGCCUGGCAUGCCCCCCUACAGGAUUUAGGUCUCUGGGCCAGCUAGCAUGCCCCCCUACAGGGUUUAGGUCUCUGGGCCAGCUACUGCCUCUCACUGAGUGGACCGGACACACAUAUGUAAUAACACAAACAGAUGCUCAGACAGGAUACACAUACUCUCUAUAGUGCGAUCGCGGCAAUACAUCCGCUCUCUUCCUUAUCGCUCUCCAUCAUUUCGCCUCUCCACCCCUACAGAUGGUCCCCUCCCUGACCACUCUCUGGUGCGGCCCGGUGGAGCCAACCAGAUGGUUAAUAGGAUGCAGAACCCUGCA